CUGUACGACAGGGAAAUAUCGGAAUGCUACGACCUUGUCUCCAUCACGAGCCAAGCAGACUACGAAGCCAGCGUCCAGGGCUGGCAUCCCACGCGCAAACAGCGCGAGAUGAAGGACAAAGAUAUGCGCUACCUCCUUGUUCGAACAGUUUCCUCUAAGGAAGACGUCGGCAUUGACCUCGACACCACAGUUGAUGGAUUUCUAAGCUUCAUGCUAACCCACGACUCUACUCCAGCAGUACCAGUGCUAUACAUCUAUGAGCUUCAUCUUGCAGGACAGCUUCGCAAGCUAGGCCUCGGAUCGCAUUUGCUGAGCUUAGCGGAGAACAUCGCGGAAAGAGUUGGCGUGAAGAAGGUCAUGUUGACCUGCUUCCUCAGUAACACGAAAGCGCAUACCUUCUAUCUCAAGCACGGGUACGCGAAGGAUGUCUCGUCUCCAGACGACCGGCGGACGAGGAACGGAAUCUCGAAGCCCGAUUACGUUAUCAUGAGUAAGACGGUU